GGGCCGGCCAGGCUCCUGGCCCUUCCUUUCCACCUCAGUUCCUGUCCACAGCUCCAGCCCCUGUCCUCUCCCGCCAUGCACCCACCGGGAGCUCCAGCGGCGCACAAGGGCAGGGGUCGGGGCUGCGUGGUGCCGGGCACUUUGUUCCUGCUGUUCGCCUACCUGGCUUACCUGGCGCUGGGCACCGGCGUGUUCUGGGCGCUGGAGGGUCGCGCGGCUGAGGACUCUAGUCGCAACUUCCAGCGCGACAAGUGGGAGCUGUUGCAGAACUUCACGUGUCUGGAUAGCCACGCGCUGGACCUGCUGAUCCGGGACAUCAUCCAGUCGUACAAAGACGGGGCCCACCUCCUGAGCAACACCACCAGCAUGGGGCGCUGGGAGCUCAUGGGCUCCUUCUUCUUCUCUGUGUCCACCGUCACCACCAUCGGCUACGGCAACCUGAGUCCCCAGACCAUGGCCGCCCGCCUCUUCUGCAUCUUCUUCGCCCUGGUGGGGAUCCCGCUCAACCUCGUGGUGCUCAAUCGCCUGGGCCACCUCAUGCAGCGGGGGGUCCACCGCUGUGUCCAGCGGCUAGGGGGCACCUGGCAGGGCCCGGCCCCCGCCCGCUGGCUGGCGGGCUCCUGCGCGCUGCUGUCGGGCCUCCUGCUCUUCCUGCUGCUGCCCCCACUGCUCUUCUCCCACAUGGAGGGCUGGAGCUACCUGGAGGGCUUCUACUUCUCCUUCAUCACCCUGAGCACCGUGGGCUUCGGAGACUACGUCAUCGGGAUGGACCCCUCCCGGAGAUACCCACUGUGGUACAAGAACAUAGUGUCCCUCUGGAUCCUCUUUGGGAUGGCGUGGCUGGCCUUGAUCAUCAAACUGAUCCUCUCGCUGCUGGAGACCCCAGGGGGGACGUGUUCCUGCCACCACCACUGCUCCAAGGCGGACCUCAAGCCCGGAAGCUGCAGGCAGGGCCCAGUCGGGGGGCCCCAGGCCCACUCCCCUCAGCUGGGAAUCACACAGCAUCUCGAGCCCUCCACGCAGGCUGUGCACUGUGGCGAGGACAGCUAGUCACACUUCCGUGUCUGUGGGGUCUUCCUCCUAAGCAACCAGACCCUCUGACUUUAAGCAUGACCUAUGACCAUCCAGAUGAAAGACUAUGUUUUCAGUCUUCCCUUGAGGCUAGGUGCAGGGAUCUGAUUAAAUUCCACCCCACAGGACAAACAGAGACGUAUCCUGUGUGACUCUGGAGAUGGAGCACGCCCCUCUUCCCCCACUUCCUUCCUUUAGCUGACUGUAAUGCUCAUAUUGGUGGCUGGUGCUCAGGCAGCCACAUUGUACCACGAAGUACAGAAGCCAUGUUUGAGAUUGGUGGCACAGUAACAGAAGGAGCCUGGGUCCUGGAUGACCACAGAGCCAUCAUAAUAAACCUGGGAUGAACACCACUUGACUUCAUUUAUGUGAGAGCCAAAUAAAUGUCUUAUUUUAAACCAU